AUGGCUAGAGUUCCGCCUCACAGGCAGGAGGAAAGACGUCUACGUGAACAAUUGGGCCGGAAACUCACAUGGUCGGAGAAAACAACUAUUGGGUUGUUUCAGUAUCAUCCCGAGCUUCGGACUGUAUGGGGCGAUUUAGAGGCUGAUGUACCCGUUGUUACCCCUCAGCGUGCCCCUCAGCCAGGAGGUUUCAAGGCCACUUUGCUUCCGUUCCAGCAGGAAAGUCUAUAUUGGAUGAGGCAACAAGAGCAAGGUGUUUGGAAGGGUGGGAUACUUGCGGACGAGAUGGGAAUGGGAAAGACAAUCCAGAUGUUAUCCCUGCUCUUUACGGACCGUCGGAAGCCAAAUUUGAUUGUGGCUCCGACAGUCGCUAUUAUGCAAUGGAAAAACGAGAUUGAAGCCCAUACUACCGGAUUCGAGGUUUCUCUGUGGCAUGGGCAUGCUCGUGCAAGGGAUAUCUCCGAUUUAAGGAAAUUUGAUAUUGUGCUGACGACAUACGCUGUCCUUGAAUCUUCCUUCCGAAAGCAGGAGGCCGGCUUCAAGCGGAAAGGUGCAAUCGUGAAAGAGCAGUCCCCCAUUCACGCCAUUAAAUGGCAGCGUAUCAUUCUUGACGAGGCUCACAAUAUCAAGGAGAGAUCCACGAACACUGCCAAAGGAGCUUUUGAGCUGGUGGGGAAAUAUAGAUGGUGUCUGUCAGGCACUCCCCUCCAAAACCGUGUUGGCGAGCUCUACAGUCUGAUCCGUUUCCUGGGAGGCGAUCCGUUUGCGUAUUACUUCUGCAAGCUAUGUUCAUGCAAAUCUUUGCACUGGAAGUUUACCGACAGGCGAGGCUGUGAUGAUUGCGGGCAUACCCCUAUGAAUCAUACAUGUUACUGGAAUAACGAGAUUUUGACCCCUAUUCAGAAGCAUGGAAUGAGAGAUGAAGGGAAAACGGCGUUCAGAAAGCUCAGGAUACUCCUUGAUCGCAUGAUGUUACGCCGCACCAAAGUUGAGCGUGCAGAUGACCUCGGACUCCCGCCCCGCACGGUCAUCGUUCGCCGAGACUUCUUCAGUAUGGAAGAGAAGGAGUUGUAUCUCUCAUUAUUCUCAGAUGCCAAGCGUCAAUACUCUACGUAUGUGGACGAAGGAACGGUGCUUAACAAUUACAGCAAUAUAUUCAGCUUACUCACUCGCAUGAGGCAAAUGGCGUGCCAUCCGGAUCUUGUACUGAAAAGCAGGCGCAAUAUUGAAAUUUCUGGAGAGAUUGAGGAAGCUACAAUUUGUCGUCUUUGCCAUGACAUUGCGGAGGAUGCGAUUAAGUCAACGUGCCAUCACGUUUUCGACCGUGCCUGUGUAACGCAGUACAUAGAAGCGAGCGUGCAGGGGAAUCCCGAUUGCCCAGUUUGUCAUUCGCCACUCAGCAUUGAUCUUGAAGCACCGGCAAUUGAACAAGAUGAAGAAAUUGCCUUGAAAGCGCGUCAAGGAAUACUUGGGCGACUAGAUCAUAAUGUGUGGCGCUCUAGCACCAAGAUUGAAGCACUUGUCGAGGAACUCGACAAAUUAAGGCAUCAAGACUCUACCACGAAGAGCAUCGUUUUCAGCCAGUUUGUCAACUUCUUAGAUUUGAUUGCAUGGAGGCUGCAGAAAGCCGGCUUUAGGAUCUGCAGAUUGGAGGGAACAAUGUCCCCACAGGCUCGCGAUGCGACUAUCAAGCACUUCAUGAAUAACGUGGAAGUUACCAUUUUCCUAGUUUCUCUGAAGGCCGGCGGUGUCGCACUCAACUUGACAGAGGCAUCAAGGGUAUAUUUGAUGGACAGCUGGUGGAAUCCAGCGGUUGAGUACCAGGCCAUGGACCGUAUUCACCGUCUCGGUCAGCAUCGUCCUGUGCAUGCGAUAAAGCUUGUUGUAGAGGAUAGCAUCGAGAGUCGUAUCGUCCAGUUACAAGAGAAGAAGAACGCCAUGAUUCAUGCGACACUUUCGACUGACGAGAGCGCUAUGGGUCGCCUUACCGAGGAAGAUUUGGGUUUCCUUUUCCGUCUCUAGAGCUCUGCACUUAUUGACUGCAUUUGUCACCCUCUUCCGUGCUAUCUCACCUUUAUGUCUGGCUUAGGUGUUUGUGUAAUUGCCUCAGCAUCGUACUCCUGCUUCGUUCCUUGAUCGAGCAUGCUUUCUAGCGCAAUAAGUUACGUUGUGCAUUUGGCGGCCGCCGUCUCUGCGAACGCACCUAAUGGAACAACUACCCACGAUGAAAUUGGACCAUUUCGGUUAUUGUCUCCAUCCUAACAGUCCCAAUUGACAAUUUUGUGCCUUGAGGCUGAAGUACACUGAAAUGCAUCAUAUACAUAUAUGGCAU